CAGGCAGAGAGGGAGCGGAGAAGACAGAGGGAGGGGAAUCACGGGGGAAAAGCGGCGGUUCCGACGCAGAGUCACCGGCGUCGAUAUCCCCAGCCACGGCGACGCGUCGCCCGCUUCUUCGGGCCCUGCGAAGCGGCAGCAGCUCAAGCGAUGACAGGGGUUCUGAAUGCCUUGGCAUCUUACGUUACCAAGAUGCUCGCCGACAUGGCUAGAGAAGAGGUGGCCAUGCUGAUCGGGGUCUCCAGCGCGAUCGACGAUCUAACCAUCAAGCUUGGGGACCUCCAGAAUUUCCUUGCUGAUGCCGAUAGGAGAAACAUCACCGACGAGAGUGUUCGGGGGUGGGUGGAGCAAUUGAAGCAUGCCAUGUAUCACGCUACCGACAUCAUCGAUCUGUGUCAGCUCAAGGCCAUGGAGCAAGGUCCAUCCAAGGACAUGGGGUGUCUUAACCCCAUGUUCUUGUGCAUUCAGAAUCCCCUCCAUGUACACGACAUCGGCAGCCGCAUUAAGGCACUGAACAAGAAGUUGGAUAACAUCUGCAAGAGGGGUCGUAGUUUCAAUUUCAUCAAGCUUGAAGUCUACCAGGACCAGAAGACAAAUCGAUCUCAUGGUAUUGACCGCAAGACGAAUCCAUUGUUGGAGCGGUCGGGCGUGGUUGGGGAGAAGAUCGAAGAUGACACGAGAUCGCUUGUUCAGCUGCUCACGAAGGAAGUCAUUGACACGAGUGAUAGCAUCAUGGUGUUCGCCAUCGUUGGUGUUGGCGGGAUUGGUAAGACCACCCUUAGCAAGAAGAUCUUUAACGACGAAGCAAUACAAGGCAAGUUCACCAAGAAAAUAUGGUUAAGUAUCACACAAGAAUUCAGCGAGGUUGACUUAUUGAGGACAGCCAUCACUACCGCCGAAGGAAAUUUGCCAGGACCUGGGGGUGGGUCUCAAGACAAAACUUUGCUCGUGCCGGCUCUUGCAAGUGCUAUCAAAGAUAAGAAGCUAUUUCUUGUGUUGGAUGACAUGUGGGGCACCUAUGAAUGGACGAACUUGCUUAAGGCUCCCAUUAGCCACAGUGCCCCGGGUAGCCGAGUCCUCGUCACCACAAGACAUGAAACUGUUGCCCGAGGCAUGAAAGCAGUAAAUCCAUACCACCGCAUCAACAAAUUAGGGCCCAAAGAUGGCUGGUCAUUGCUCACGAAGCAGGUACUCAUGACCGAGAAAAGCGAACCUGCAGUGGAUAUGCUGAAGGAUAUUGGACUUCAAAUUGUAGAAAAAUGUGAUGGGUUACCACUUGCCAUAAAAGUGAUGGGAGGACUCCUAUGCCAGAAGGAAAAAACCCGGCAUGAUUGGGAGAAGGUAUUGAAUGAUGCUGUAUGGUCAAUACAUCAAAUGCCAGAAGAGCUAAAUCAUGCAAUAUAUCUUAGCUAUGAGGACUUGUCCCCUUGUUUAAAACAAUGCUUUCUGCACUUCUCCCUUAAGCCUAAAAAGAUGAUUUUAGAUGAUACACAAUUUGUCGACAUGUGGAUUGGUGAAGGAUUUGUUAAUGGAGACUUAGAUAGAUUGGAAGAAAUAGGAACUGAGUACCAUAAAGAGCUGAGGUUGAGGAACCUUAUAGAGUCGGAUACAUCAUAUGCCAGUCAGUAUGUUUGCAAGAUGCAUGAUGUUAUUCGUUCAUUUGCUCAAUUCAUGACAAGAAAUGAAGCACUAGUAGCUCAUAAUGGAGAAACUGUUAAUAGUAAACUUCAUUUGCAAAGGUUUCUCCGGUUGUCUAUAGAGACUAAUGGAUUGGAAUCAGAUGAAUUUGAGUGGAGAAGUUUACAAGAGCAAAUAUCUCUAAGAUCGUUAAUGUUAAUUGGAAACUUCAAGGUUCAGUCUGGUGAUUCCUUGGUUACCUUUCCAAGUCUGCGGACUCUACACGUAGAGUCUGCAGAGUUCGCCACAAUGGUUGAAUCUCUGUAUCAUCUCAAACACUUGAGGUAUUUGUCAAUGGAUAGAUGCGCUGAUAUAGAUUGCUUGCCAGAGAACAUUCACAAAAUGAAGUUCUUACAACACAUUAGUCUUGAAGGUUGUGAGAAUCUUGUGAAACUUCCUGAUAGCAUUGUGAAGUUAACGGAACUAAGAUAUCUUCAACUUGAAGGCACAGGUAUAUAUAGUAUUCCUAGGGGUUUCCAUGCUCUAACAAAUUUGAGGACACUAUCUGGGUUCCGAGUACACAUGGAUGGUGAUUGGUGUAGCUUGGAAGAGCUUGGACCUCUUUCCCAGCUUAGGGGCAUUGGAUUAGUGGGCCUGGGGAAUGUAUCUGAUGCUUCAUUUGUCACAAAGGUUAGGCUUGAUCAAAAAGUGCAUCUUUCUAGGAUGCGCUUAUUAUCCAGUAUUGCGUGUAAGAAAAAUCAAGGAGUAAUUGAGGAGGUGUUUAAUGAGCUAUCUCCUCCUCCGUGCAUAGAAAUUAUUUCCGUUGAAGGAUAUAUCGGGCGCCACCUGCCAAGAUGGAUGAUGUCGACAGCAACAAUGCCCCUCAAUAGCUUGAGGACACUAGUGAUGGAAGAUUUGGCUUGUUGCAUCCAACUUCCUGAUGGAUUAUGUCAGCUCCCAUUGCUGGACUACCUGCAAGUCAACCGUGCUCCAGCGAUCAAGUGCAUUGGGCCAGAAUUUGUGGGCCCCCAAAGCCACCGUUGCUAUCCUUCAUCCCACAUGGUGACUGCAUUUCCGAGGCUGCGUGAGAUGGAUUUAUUAGAAUUCGUGGAAUUGGAGGAGUGGGAGUGGGAGGAGGAAGUGCAAGCUAUGCCAGUCUUGGACGCGCUUACUUUCACAAGGUGUAAUUUGAAGUGUAUCCCUCCCGGUCUUGCCUCACAUGCAAAGGCUUUGAAAAAGUUGACCUUGUGGAGCAUGUGGCGUCUCCAUUCGCUAGAGAACUUUGCUUCUGUUGUCGAGCUCGACCUGUAUGACUUACCCAAGCUGAUUAGUAUCUCCAAUUUCCCUGAAUUGCAAAAGCUUGAGAUCAAGUCAUGCCCCGAGCUCACCUCACUAGAGGAAAUGAGUGCACUACGGAGACUUGUGCUGACAGUUCCCGGCUACGGUGAAAGAUUCCGGCUCUCGCCCAGCAAGAUGGGACUCCCCUUGUACAUUCAAACUGUAAAUCCAAGCCAUUUGCUGGUGGACUGCGGUCUGGAGAUACUUGGUUUCAUGGCCGCAGGAAAAUCUGGCAGCGAGUGGGACAAGUUUAGCCAUAUCCAGCACGUUGAGGCUUAUGCAGACAGUGAUUGCUGGGAUGACAAGAAAUGGCACGUGUUGUACACAAGGGAACCUUUCAGCAUUGAAACAAAUGUGCAGCCUGCAUUUCCGCGCUUGCUUAGAGGAGCAAAAACUGUCCGCGGAUAGAGAAGAGGAAGAGCAUGAAUUUGAUCCAACGGAAUUGGCACCUAUUCUCAUGGGAAAUAAAUAAGCACGGUAUGUUGCUACCAGGUUGGAACCAAAUGCAACCUCCAGUUCUUCCUCCUCGCCUCAAGUGCCAGCGAUUCAGUGCGCAUGCACGCAUCCGUGGGAAACAACUGCAGUGGUUGGGCUCCAUAACCAAGAUGACGGAAAGAUUAAUUUGCUGUCAAGAGAACAAAGGCGUCGUGUAGAAAAUGGCUUGCGGUUAUGCGAUGAUUAAAUUGUGUUUAUGAAGAUCUGAUGCUAUAUUGAGGUCGUGAGCACGUCACUCGUUGUUGUUGAAGUAUGAGACUGCACUCGUCACCCGUUUACUUUCAGUUUGAAUGAAUAAACAUUUGACCUUUCAA